AUGAGUCAACUGAAUGAUGAUGCUUCACCAGUGAUGCACUCAUCACAAAGUAGUUCUUCUGUUGGAGACCCUGAAUUGGGUCAACCUACCAGUAGAAGCACAAGUGUUGCAACAUCUACAUCUACACAAAAACGAGGUGUGCAAACUUUUGUUGAAAACCAAUCUUUUAAUGCUUCUAUUACGGAACCGGUUGGUAAUUAUACAAAAACAACAAAAAGUUCAACCUCCAACCUGGCAUCCUUCCUCAGAAGAAAUAGAAAAUUAAUAGGAUUUAUAGUAUUAUUAUUUAUUUGCUUUUUGGUGUUUUUGUUUGUGAAAUUUGAUAUUUUACAUUUCUCUCCUGAUAAACAAGUUGAAUCGGAGCAUAUCGAUUUAAUAGAUCCUCUUGACGAUACGGCAUCUGUAGAUAGAGAUGACCAUACAAUAAUUCCUUCAUCCAAACCAUCUUGGAAGAGGCCAGAAUUAAUGACCAUCGACGAUUACCAAAGUGAUUUUAUGAGUGACAGUGCAAACGAAAAAAGAAAGGCUGUAAGAGAUGCAUUCAUUCACGCAUUCAAAGGAUAUGAAAAUGUUUGGGGAAAGGAUGAAUAUAAACCAAUCAGCAAGAGUUUCCACAAUUGGAUUCAAAAUUCUAAUGGUUUUGGUAUGACACUGAUUGAUUCACUUGAUACAAUGGUUAUCAUGGGUUUGAAACAACAAUAUGAAAAAUCAUUGAAUUAUAUUAAGAAUGACAUGCCUUCAUUUUCAACAAUUAAUGGUGGAAUUAGUGUUUUUGAAACAACUAUUCGUGUUGUUGGAGGUUUUGUGAGUGCGUAUGAUUUGACAAAGGAAAAGAUCUUCCUCGAAAAAGCCAAAGAUAUGGCUGACAGAUUACUUCCUGCCUUCUCUUCGCCAACUGGUAUUCCAUAUUCGGAAAUUAACUUGAGAACUGGUGAGAAGAAAACUUUCGCCUGGGCUGGUAAUUGUUGUCCUCUCAGUGAGUUUGGUACUCUUCAAUUGGAAUUCAGAAGAUUGAGUGAAUUGACUGGUGAUGAAAAAUAUAACAAAUUAGUUACUAAGAUUAUGGAUGUCAUGUUUAAGAAUAAGCCAGCCAAUGCCUUGUAUCCAAUCAAAUUCCAUCCUGAUAAUGGAAAUUGGUGCUCCAAUCAUGUCUCAUUGGGUGCUUUGGGUGAUUCAUUCUAUGAAUAUUUAUUGAAACAAUGGUUGUUGAAUAGAGGAACAAAGGGUGCUGAGAGGUAUCGUGAACUCUAUUUGGAAACUGUUAAAGGAAUAUUUGAUCACAUGGUUAUCAAAUCCAAUCAAGGCUAUACCUAUGUUGCUGAGUACAAUGGCUCUCCAUUCCACAAGGUUGACCAUUUGGCAUGUUUUGCAGCUGGUAUGUUUGCAUUGGGUGGUUAUUUCAAUAUUUCCACUCCUGAAUCCCCAAUCUCAAAUAAGCGUCAAAUUGAAGUUGGUGCUGAAUUCACAAGAACAUGUUAUGAAACUUAUGCUCAAAUGCCUUCAGGAAUUGGACCAGAAACUUUCCACUUUGAUCCAUCAAGUGGAAGAUUCAGGCCUGGUGUCUCUACUUAUUUAUUAAGACCAGAAACAGUUGAAAGUAUUUUCAUCAUGUACAGAGUUACUGGUGAUGAAAAGUACAGAGAAUGGGGAUGGAAGAUUUUCCAAGCAAUUGAAUCAAAAUGCAAAAUUGCUUCUGGUGGUUACAGUGGCUUGCACAAUGUAGGUGUUGCUAACCCUACUCAAGAUGAUUUCCAACAAUCAUUCUUCUUGGCUGAAACAUUGAAAUAUCUCUAUUUAUUAUUCUCUCCAAAACAUAUCAUUCCAAUUGACAAGUUUGUUUUCAAUACUGAAGCUCACCCAAUUCGUGUUACUCCAACCAAUCAUUAAAUUUAUACUUCCUUCUA